AUGCUGUUCCACAUCUCUCUCUUAGCCAUCACCUGUCUCACCCUCACCCACACCCUCGCUAUGACAACACCCCGUUACAAAGGCCCUCUUCCAGAGUUUCUUCCCAUCCUGAAGAACUACGACGAAGCCCGCGAGUUCCAAAUUGCAAACCUAGAUGCCUGCAUGUGGCCUGAGAAUGGUGGUCACUACUUCAAGGACAUGGAUAACAAGCUUCUCGCUGUGGCUUCGGAUGAACUGUGUGAAUACGUCGACCGCGGAAAUGCGGAAAUUGAUGCCAUGAUUGCAGCGGGUGAGCUGCCGGAACCCGAGGAAUGCGACGUAUGCGAGGGAAAGAUUCCUUGUCGGAAGUGCUUUGAAGCCGCGUCUAAGCAGCACUUGGAAAACGAUCACAAAGAGCUUUAG